UGGCUUCGCUGCAUAAAUUGCCCGGGGCGGCACCCGAGUUGUGACAGUCCUUCGAGAGUUAAGGGGCAUAGGUUGCGAGCGAGCUUUCUUGUAAAGGUUUUGCAAAGCAACGUCUCCUCUGGUUUUCCCGGACUCUAAAACAUUCAAGGCAAAAAGAUGGCAGCGGUGUUGGCUGAUGCCCAGCAGAACGUAGUUUCCAGGGUUGCUAGUUUGCCCCUGGUGAGUUCCACCUACGAUAUGGUCUCUUCUGCUUAUGUCAACACAAAAGAUAAUUACCCCUAUCUGAAAUCUGUCUGUGAGAUGGCGGAGAAAGGAGUGAAGACUAUUACAGCAGUGGCCCUGACCAGUGCCCUACCCAUCAUCCAAAAGUUAGAGCCGCAAAUUGCAGUGGCCAAUAGCUAUGCUUGCAUGGGAUUGGACAAAGUUGAAGAAAAAUUGCCUAUACUCUAUCAACCAACUGGUAAGGUGGUUGCCAAUGCUGUGGAUGCAGUUGUUGGUGCAAAGGACGCCGUGACAACCACUGUGACUGGUGCCAAGGAUACAGUCACACACACCCUGAGUGAAGUUGUUGACAAGACAAAAGGGGUUGUUCUGGACAGCGUGGAGCUCACUAAAUACGCAGUCCAUGGCAGCAUUAACACUGUUCUGCAGAGUCGGAUGGUGUGCCUAGUGACCAUUGGGGUGGAUACCGCACUCAGCAAGUCUGAAACUCUGGUUGAUCAGUACCUUCCACAUACCACAGAAGAGCUGGAGAAAGAAGCUACCAACAUUGAAGGAUUUGAAACCGGAGACCAGAACCUAAGUUACUAUGUUAGACUAGGCUCUUUGUCUUUAAAGUUCCGAGCACGUGCCUAUGAACAGGCUCUAAAUGCAUUUAGGGAUGCUAAGCUCAGAAGCCAAGAGACAAUUUCUCAGCUCAAUUAUACUGUUAACCUGCUGGAAUAUGCCAGAAAGAACAUGACUAAUGCUAACGUGAAACUUCAAGAUGCCCAACAGAAGUUAUAUAAUUCCUGGACAGAAUGGAAGAAAAACAUUAGCUCAAAUGGCGAGGCUGCUUCACACAGUGCUGAGCACAUUGAAUCACGCACUCUAGUGAUUGCACAGAACCUCAGUCAGCAGCUUCAGACAACCUGCCUCACGCUGGUGUCCAGCAUACAGGGUUUGCCACAGAACAUUCAGGACCAGGUUCACCACGUUGGGGAAAUUGCAGGAGACGUGUACAAAAGCUUCCGGUCAGCCUCUUCUUUCAGAGAAGUGUCUGAUAACCUUCUUACCUCCAGUAAAGGGCAGUUGAAGAAAAUGAAAGAAUCGUUGGAUGACGUGAUGGAUUAUCUUGUUAACAACACACCCCUCAACUGGCUGAUUCCAGAUUUCACUAUCACAGAAUUGUCUUCAGAAUCUGAUGAGAUACCGGACAUCUCGGAUUUGGACGAAGAAGGACUGCCUGACUAUUCCCAUGCAAAUGGCCCAAUCACCAUGGAACAAAUAGUGGAAGCAUAAGAAAAAACUGUUCCUUUAAAUACAAUGUAUGUGUGUGCUCUGUGUGAGUGAUGUGCAUCUACUUGCAUAUAGAUACACAUGCAGUGCAUAUGCACACUUAAUUACAAUUCUGCUUUAUGGGAUGAUAGCUAUUGGAGAGUGCAUCUUUGUUUAAUUUAGAUCAGCCAACAUUCAGCUACUUGAUUCAUUGUUAUAGAACACAGACAAGUAUUUUAAGAUAAGUCAUAGAUGCUUUAGGUGAUAGAUAAAUGUAUUGAAAUGGUCUUAAACGUCCUUUGAAGCUUAGACCACAAUUGGGCCAAUAAUGGCUUUUGAAGCAAUAGCCUUAACAAUUCACCUGAAAUGUGGCCUAUGAGAUGAUUUGCUGUCUUAAGUUUCCUUCCUUUCUUAGCAAAGCACUUAUGCUGAGCAACAUAUCUAUAUUUUAAUCCGUUGCAAAAACUUCAAACUAAAAUAAUACAUUGCUCAAUUCUCCGUGAUUGUUCAAUUCUCUGUAAUUGUGUGAUUAGGUGUAUUAAACUUUUGAAACAAUUUUCUUAUACUCUUUGCCCUACCCAAAUACAUUGGGAGUGCAAUUCCCAGAUGACAAGGCACACAAUCCCAACACAUUUGGGAGAUCCAUAGUUGAGAAAGGCUGUUUUAAUGCAAUGAAAAUAUUUGGUGUCUCUUUAAAGUAUAAGGUUCUUGUCCAAUAUGUCAGUGCUUCAAUAACAUAUCAACCAAAAUGUUAUUAAAGUAAUAAACCUAUAUUCUGGCUGUGGAUUCACAUAACUUGAUACCGCUCCCUAAAAUCCAUUGCAGAUAGAAAACUGGCAGCUACAUAGAGGAAAUACUAUUUUUAUUUUAAAUAAUUAGGUUAAAGCACACAACUCCCCAUUAGAUUUUACAUUUAUAUAAGAAUAAAGUUUAAGAUUUAAAUGAGUCUGAAGAGAAGUAAUGUACACACUCAAAAAGGAUAUAUGAAAACUACCUUCUAAAAGGGGAGGAGUUUGAAGAAAAGAACAAUAAAGAUGCAAGUACUAUGAUGGCAAAAAUAUGAGAAAAUGGCAUUUAUCCUGCAGGUUCUGCUCAUUGUAGAAGUGUGAUUGUUAUUUGUUGUCAUCACCAUUCUUUUCCUAUGCCACUGGAACUUUGUUUCUAUUUGUUGUGGGAAUAUGAGGACAUUUCUUGGUGCUAAUUUAGUAGAUUCCAUAAAGCUAGGGUUAAAAAAUAAUUUACUUCCUUUGUAAUGUAAAGCAAGCGUCUUUAAUAUCAGAUGUAGUAUGUAAGUUGUUAGAAAUAUUUACUGAAAUCUCUUGGAAAUAAAGUUUGAACUGAUAUUUGA